AUGAGUGAAGAAAUAGAAGCUCAUGUCCUUAAGAAAUACGAGAUCCUUCAGAAGCUUGGUAAGGGAGCCUACGGUAUUGUCUGGAAAGCUAUCGACCGGAAGACUAGAGAAAUUGUUGCUCUUAAGAAGAAUUUUGAUGCCUUCCAAAAUGCAACUGAUGCACAAAGAACUUUCAGGGAGAUACUCUUCUUGCAAGAGCUAAGCGGUCAUGAGAAUAUCAUCAGAUUGCUCAAUGUUAUUCGUGCUGAGAAUGAUAGGGAUAUUUACCUGGUAUUUGAUUAUAUGGAAACCGAUCUACAUGCUGUUAUUCGUGCAAGCAUUUUGGAGGAAAUCCAUAAGCAAUAUAUAAUUUACCAAACUUUGAAAUGUCUGAAAUAUAUGCACUCAGCUGAUGUUCUCCAUAGAGAUCUCAAACCUUCUAAUAUACUUCUAAAUGCAGAAUGACAUAUUAAGGUUGCAGAUUUUGGACUUGCAAGGUCAAUCGCUUCUACUGAGGGUGACUCACAACCUCUUUUGACUGAUUAUGUUGCAACGAGGUGGUACAGAGCUCCAGAAAUUCUUCUAGGAUCAACAAAAUAUACCAAAGGUGUUGAUAUGUGGUCCUUAGGAUGUAUCUUAGCAGAGCUUCUUCUUGGUAAACCUUUCUUCCCAGGUACAUCUACUCUCAAUCAGCUUGAUAGAAUCAUGGAGAUCACAGGGAGACCAAGCUCUGAGGACAUAGAAGCAAUUCAGAGUAGUCUGGCAACGACCAUGCUUGACUCUUUGCCACCUUCGAAAGCAAAAUCAUUGAAAGAGAUCUUUCCAACUGCUAGCGAGGAUGCUCUUGACUUACUAGACAGGUUGCUACAAUUCAACCCAGAGAAGCGUUUGUCUGCUGAAGAAGCCUUGAAACAUCCAUAUGUUGCUCAAUUCCAGAAUGAUGAUGAUGAGCCUGUCUGUAAUAAAACUAUCAAUAUUACAAUGGAUGAUAAUCAUAAAUUCUCUAUUAGAGAGUACAGAGAGAAGCUCUACUCAGAUAUCCAUAAGAGAAAGAAGGAGUUAAGGAAAAAGAUCCUCCAAAGCCAUCAUAGUUACUUCAGCAAGUACAAAUAG